AUGUCUACUCUAUUGGUGGAAGCCCCCAGUGAACAGCCUCUCCCGCUCCAUGCAGCAUCCGAACGACAUUCCGAGUCCGGCGCGGUAGUUAGGGAUGCGAUCAUUGGCUUUGCGGAUGGCAUGACCGUCCCCUUCGCUCUAACGGCUGGUCUGUCUAGCCUAGGUUCCUCGAAACUAGUCAUCAUUGGUGGAUUAGCAGAGCUAUUCAGCGGAUCUAUAUCAAUGGGCUUAGGCGCCUAUCUUGCCGCUGUCACGGAGCGGGACCACUACAAGUGCGAAGAAGCACGAGAGCGUGAAGAAGUCUUCUCGAAACCUCGUGCCGAAAAGGAGGAGAUCCACGAAAUACUCGCCGACUAUGGUAUAUCUCGAGAGGCGAGUCAAGCUGUCGUUGAUUGUUUGGCGCAAAACAAUGAGCAGUGGAUUCGGUUCAUGAUGGACUUUGAAUUAAGACUAGAGAAGCCCAAUGUUUCCCGAGCGUGGAUCUCCGCAGCCACCAUGGGAGUCUCUUACUUCAUCGGUGGGUUGCUGCCUAUGAUUCCAUACUUCGCCAUGCACAAUGUCCUCCACGCAUUAUUCAUCUCGAUCGGCAUCACGGUCGUCACCCUCAUUAGCUUCGGCUUCGUGAAGAACUACGUCGUCAUCAAAACCAAGCGUGCGGGAUUCUACGGGGCGGCCCAGACAUUACUGGUGGGAGCCAUUGCUGCCGGUACAAGUUACGGGAUAGUGUAUGGCCUUGACCGUAGCAAUCUUCACACCUAG